AACAACUAGGCACCCUGCGGUAGACGACCAGAACUUGGAAACUGCAGAGUUGCCUGUCAGGUCUGCUUGUUGUUCGACUCGGACCUUUGAGCCAGGUUGUUGCGAUGUUGUAAAGCGGGAGAACUGCGGCGUUCAAACAAACCAAACAAACAUGCGGGACCUGAGACGGCCCAUGCUUACCUAGGUGUCCCGCAAUCGCCUGAACGACAACACCAACCCCGCCUACCAGCCUCCUACCUACGGACACGCCUGCGCGACCGCAAAGAUGUCCAAGACCGUCAACAUCGAGUCGCCGACUCAGUUCUCGUCUCUUCUGUCCUCGUCCAGGAUAGUGGUAGUCGACUUCUACGCGGACUGGUGUGGGCCAUGCAAGGCCAUCGCACCGCUCUACGAGCAGCUCUCUUCCCAGCUCUCUCGCCCUAACAUCAUCACCUUCACCAAGGUCAACACGGAUACCCAGCAGCAGGUGGCGCAGUCCUACAACAUUACGGCCAUGCCUACCUUCAUGAUCUUCAAGAACAGUCGCGAGGUCUCCAGGAUACGCGGCGCCGAUGCUGCGAAGCUGUCGGAAGCUGUGAAGAAACUUGCUGCCGAAGCCGAGUCUGGCGGCGCGUCAUCUGGCGGAUUCGGGGAGGCGAGUUCCGGCUCGAGUGGCGGCUGGGUUGGCGCGGCUCUUCCCCGAGGCUACCACGACAUCACUGAGCAUGUGGACGUUCGCGGACUCGAUCUGCUCAAUGCCGACGUGGAUACGGCUGGUGGGGCAAGAAUGCUCUUCGACACGAGCAAGCCUUCCUCGGUGGACGGAACGAAGGGCAAGGGCAAGGCCGCCGAGGGCAGCAAGGCUGACUGGGUUGAGAGCGACACGGAUGAGCAGCUCAUGCUCUACAUUCCUUUCCAGUCCACGAUCAAGAUCCACACGAUCCAUCUCACCUCACUGCCGCCGGCGGAUGACGAUGAUGACGAAACUCCCAUGCGACCGAAGACUAUCAAGCUCUACACGAACAGGGCACACAACCUCGGUUUCGAGGAAGCAGAUGACAUCCCUGCUACGCAAGAGGUGACUAUCAAACCGGAAGAUUGGGACGAGAAAACCGGCACGGCGAAGCUGGAGCUGCGAUUUGUCAAGUUCCAGAACAUCACUUCGCUGAUCAUGUUUGUGGUGGACGGCGACGCCGAUGGCGAAAAGACCCGCCUCGACAGGAUCCGAAUCAUCGGCGAAUCCGGUGAGAAGCGCGAUAUGGGCAAGUUGGAGAAGAUUGGCGACGACUCUUAGUGCCCGACGUCAGAAGCCCGACGGUUGACGUACAGGAUGUGCGACGAGUGUUUCGACUUAGGGUUGAUGUUCGACGGCCUGACAUCAACCACGGGCGAAGCGGAACAAGGCACGAGGGUUGGGCAGUGAUGCGAAAUGCUCAUCCCGUUUACGUAGCGACAUGAUAUCUCGGCCAAGAGCCCAAAAUGCGAGACCAA